AGGGCUCUUGAGUGUGGGUUCCCAAGCACAUCAGUUCAAACUCACUAUCACUCACCUACUCACAUCCAUUUAUACACUCUUACUUUCAAUUUCAGUCCCCACCAUCACCAGGGGCCUCACAAGGGGCAGAUCUGGAGGAAAGGGAGGAUGGUCCAGGGCAAGCCAAAGGAGAAGGCACUUACUCCUAUAGGGGACGAGGAAGAAGAAGAGGCUUAAGUGAGGGGGCUGUGUGCUGUGUGUGUUUACACUUGUAAAAGGAAUUCUGAGGGAGAACAGAAAAGCUGAAUGCAGGGGAGGGGAAACAGGACUGGAGAGGAUAUAGGAUCAAGGACUCCUCCCACCCUCAAGGAAGACCAGAUGGAGGGGUGGGAAGAAAUCUCAUUCUAACACCCUAUGGAGUAUUUUGAUUGCCUUCUAUUAAGGCAGCACAUAGGGCCUGAAGGGGUUUCUGACUACAAAUCUGUGCUCUUUUGCUCUACAUUAAUGGGUCAGAGAAGAAAAGGCAGAGGGUGAAGAGGGUAGAGGAUAUCUCAGAGGAGGUCUGCGAAAGCAGUCCAGAGAUGAGGAAAUGAGGAGAAACGGGUAGAAGAAGCAAGGUAAAGAUAGGACCAAGGGACAGAAGUGGGAAGAGGUGGCUUGGGGGUCGGAGCAAAACAUAGACUAGCGUGAAGUCCUUGAAAGUGCAUGGGCUUGAAAUCAGACCAAUUCAGAUUCAAAUCCCAGUUCUGCUGUGUGACUCUGGACAAAAGUGUCUUUUGAGCUAUGGUCUUUAAAAUAUAGAGAUAAUACAAAUGACAAGCAAUGAUGCAUGUGGGUUUCCCUCCCUGCCUCCCUUCACACCCAGUCCUGGUAGGGACCAUGUCCCCUGCCAUCGCACUGGCCUUCCUGCCCCUGGUGGUGACAUUGCUGGUGCGGUACCGGCACUACUUCCGACUGCUGGUGCGUAUGGUCUUGCUGCGGAGCCUCCGAGAUUGCCUUUCAGGGCUGCGGAUUGAGGAGCGGGCCUUCAGCUAUGUGCUCACCCAUGCCCUGCCUGGGGACCCCAGUCACAUCCUCACCACCCUGGACCAUUGGAGCAGCCACUGCGAGUACCUGGGCCACAUGGGGCCUGUCAAAGGUCAGAUCCUGAUGCGGCUGGUGGAGGAAAGGGCCCCUGCUUCUGUGCUAGAGCUGGGCACCCACUGCGGGUACUCCACAUUGCUUAUUGCCCGUGCCCUACCGCCCGGGGGCCGCCUUCUCACCGUGGAGUGGGACCCACGCAUGGCAGCAGUGGCCGAAAAACUCAUUCGCCUGGCUGGCUUCGACGAGCGCACGGUGGAGCUCAUUGUGAGUAGCUCAGAGGAGGUGAUCCCGUGCCUACGAACCCAGUACCAGCUGAACCGGGCAGACAUGGUGCUCCUGGCACACCGGCCCCGAUGUUACCUGCGGGACCUGCAGCUGCUGGAGGCCCAUGCCCUGCUGCCAGCUGGUGCCACUGUGUUGGCUGACCACGUGCUCUUCCCGGGUGCACCUCGCUUCCUGCAGUAUGCCAAGAGCUGUGGCCGCUACCGCUGCCGCCUCCACCACACUGGCCUCCCUGACUUCCCUGCUAUAAAGGACGGCAUAGCCCAGCUCACCUAUACAGGGCCUGGCUAAGGUCUGGGCCCAGGGGUACUUACUGCUGCCCCUCCACCCCCACCCAAGCAAGGACAGCAGAACAUCCCCUACCCUCCCCGCUUGUGGCCUGACACGUGCUGGGCUCAGGGUGGUGGGAGGUUGUCCUCCCACCUGUGGCCUCCCAUUCUGUUCCACACUGAUUCAGGCAUCAAGUUCUGUCAGAUU